AUCAUCCAGAUCUUUCAUCGAUGAAGAUGGACACGUUGAGGACAAAGCUUCAUGGUAGCUUAAUCGAUGAAGAUGGUUUUGAGGGCAGUUCAGAUCUUCGACCAUGACUCCUUACAUUAGGGUUUUGUGGUUGGAGAUGUGCUUCGGAUUCGUAACAGAGGAUUUGGUUGGAGGAAAUGGAAGAGUGAAGAAGAAUGAGGAUGUAGUGUGUUUGUGUCCGUUUACUUCGGCUUCGAGUGCGACUCAGAGGAGGAUUAAGCAACAGUAUGAUCAGCUUGAACAUAUAUUCGGUUAAAUUAACUCGUGCAUCAUUCUUAUUUAAGUAUUUAUCAUCCUGGCAUAAUGUUAGAACUGGAUGUGAUUAAACCCGAGAGAUUUAGUGUCAGUGUUGAACAUACAGUUGAUAUAUCCAAGUACAUUAACGAAUUCUUCGAUAUGCUGAUGAAAGAAUCGAAAGAGCUAGCGAGUCACGCUGUUCAAGUUGAUGGGAAACAAACAAACAACAUUGAUGAAUUUAAGAAGGCAUACGAGGAACACUCAAAAUCGGAUGCACAAAAACUCAUCGCUGAAGUUACAAGUUUGGUCUCGAACCAUAUUUGUCAUCAAAAAGAGAUGGUGGAUGCUCGGCUCGCAACUAUCAGAGAAACGACUGCAGGAGGCAAGAAGGUUUUGGAACAACACGUGUCAUCUGUUGACAGAAUCACAUCGAAUGCCAAAAGAAAAUGGCACGAUUUCUAUAUGCAAGCGGAAAACGAUGCUAAAGAGAAUGCAGUUUUUGCUGCUGCAAAACACUGUUGUUUCGAGUCGGUGUUACAAAAACUGUUGAUGCUACUGAAUCGGCUCUAAACCAUUCAAAAACAACACAUGACUCGGUGAUUGAAAUGGGAAAACAACAUCUCACAACAGUGGACACCCUUAUCAGGAGCUAUUUCAUUUACAGAUGGAAUGUAAUUGAGCUUUAAAACUAAGAAUGGCAAUUUUACAUAAGCUCAAAAUGCUCCGGAGGUCGCCCUCAGUCGAGGAAUAAGUGGUUGAAGAAAAAUACGCUUACAUAUAGAUAGCACUUGUGAAGAAUCUUUUAAUCCGCAAAAGUGUUACUGUGUCCUUUUAAACCGUUCUUUACUUAUUUUCCUAAUAAUAAGAUGAUGAUAAUUGAAAAAAUCUAGAGUAGUUUUAGUGUGCCUUAAUGAUGAUAGAUGGAAUGGAGUGAACCAUUUAUUCAAAUAUUCAUAAAAUUUGUUGUUGGUUUUGCGUCUUAUGUUAUGUCUUUCAUAAUACAUAAUUCAAUAAAACAUUUGUAAAAACAUAUUUUUAUUUUUUACGACAUAAAUCUAUUAAUUAAAAUUAAAUUUUCCUACCCGUGAAGCUCCGUGGUGAGAUACCUGCCUCAUAUUUCGAUCAUGACAUUUGUAAUUCUAUAUCUAUAAUUAUUUAACAUUUAUUAUGCUUUCA